UAUGUAUAUUAUUUUAAGCAAAUAACUUGUUCUCAGUCCUUGACACUAGAUGGCACUGUUAAGCAUAUCAUCUUCAAAACAACAUUCUUUUUAUGUGAGAAGUCAAUAAAUGUUUCCCCGCAAAUGUGUAUUCAUGACCCAUAUAGAAACUAGGCCUUGGAGAACUGAGAUUGGACUCUGAGAUGAGAGACUAACUUGAUAAGGAACUUCACACACUCACAUGGAUAAUGGCACUGUUUCAGUCACACGGGUUAUCAAUACUUCUGUUGAUCAUCAGAACACAGUUUGCUGGUGCUGAGUCUUGUUCUCAUAUAGAUGCGCCACAAUUCAUCACAGCUACUCAGGAAGAGGUAGCUGUCCUCCCCUGUUUCACAUCAAUCCACAUAGAUUUAGCAACCAGAGUGAAAUGGACAAAACUUUCACCUAAACCUGAGGACAUCUUGGUGUGGCCUGAUAAUCCAUCUGUGGCCCAUAAAUCAGAACGUGUGGCCUUCGAGUCGGGAGCGGAUGUUGUGGUGGCUGGAAACCUGUCCCUGUCUCUAAGAGAUGUAAGGAAAUCUGACGAAGGGCUUUAUAGUUGCAAUGUCUGGUUGGGAUGGAGUUGUGUCCAUGUGAAAAACAUCACUCUAAAAGUGAAAGAAUGCAAAAUUCUACAUUCAGUUAUGGCAGCACACAACGGGAUAGCUACCCUGCCUUGCCUGUUGAACAUGACAACAGGAAAUCCCAAAAUAUCAUCAGUGACCUGGGCAGAGAUCAAGGGAGACAGUGAGAUCCAAAUACUUCAAUACCCUACAGAUAUCUCCAACCAAACAUUCCUAGGAAAAAGGGUGAGCUUUGGAGGGAAUCUCAGUUCAGGAGAUGCAUCUUUGGCUCUCUCCAUGGUGGAGUACAGUCACAGCCAAUGGUACAGAUGUAGGUUGCAGAUGGGACAAAAUGAACGCUGCUUUGAGGUCAAGCUGCAGGUUAAAGAACAGGAGGAGAACCUGGUUGUUCGGACUUUCACCACAACUGAGCUAACAGACCCUGCAGUUACCUCCAGGGGGAGUCCAGAAAGAGUUGCGACGGCUACAGUUGGAACGGCUACUAUAGUGGCUUCAUCCAUGUGUGUGAUUGUCAUAAUGGCUCUUACGCUGGGAUUGAUCAUUUGCCUCAGGCGCCGCAGACACUCAGAUGGAGAUGAGUCUGACUGGAAUGCUUAUGAAGAUGUACAAGACCCAGCAACGGGACCCAAUUGUCUGUAUUCACUUGCAGAUUUUGACCAGAAGGACAACCUACACACUUUUCAAUGCCAGUGAAAAGAAUAAUCAUCUUUCAAUCAACACACCAUGUCUUACCGAACCCUUCACAAAACAUCUGUAAAUGCUUUUUUAUGAUAUUCACCCACUUAUCUUUCAACCCCUGGUAUAGCCUCCAUAGUAUUACACAAUAACAAUCUUAUCUUUCAACCCCUGGUAUAGCCUACAUAGUAUUACACAAUAACAAUCUUAUCUUUCAACCCCUGGUAUAGCCUACAUAGUAUUACACAAUAACACUCUUAUCUUUCAACCCCUGGUAUAGCCUACAUAGUAGUACACAAUAACAAUCUUAUCUUUCAACCCCUGGUAUAGCCUACAUAGUAUUACACAAUAACACUCUUAUCUUUCAACCCCUGGUAUAGCCUACAUAGUAUUACACAAUAACAAUCUUAUCUUUCAACCCCUGGUAUAGCCUCCAUAGUAUUACACAAUAACACUCUUAUCUUUCAACCCCUGGUAUAGCCUACAUAGUAUUACACAAUAACAAUCUUAUCUUUCAACCCCUGGUAUAGCCUACAUAGUAUUACACAAUAACACUCUUAUCUUUCAACCCCUGGUAUAGCCUACAUAGUAUUACACAAUAACAAUCUUAUCUUUCAACCCCUGGUAUAGCCUCCAUAGUAUUACACAAUAACACUCUUAUCUUUCAACCCCUGGUAUAGC